UUGUUGCAGUCCUUUUCUGUGGAGUUACACAGGCCCAUUACACCUACAACAAUCUGUCAACAGAUUCCAAAAUGAGAACUAAACAGUUGUUCGAGUUCAUGAAUUUUUUGGCUGAGAACGUCAUCUUCUGUUACAUGGGACUUGCACUAUUUACAUUUCAAAAUCACAUCUUCAAUCCUCUUUUUAUAUUUGGUGCAUUUGUGGCAGUUUUUGUAGCAAGAGCUUGCAACAUAUACCCACUUUCUUUCCUUUUGAAUUUGGGUCGAAAACAAAAGAUUCCCAGGAACUUUCAGCACAUGAUGAUGUUUUCAGGUUUACGUGGUGCAAUAGCAUUUGCAUUGGCAAUUCAAGACACAAACUCCCAGCCCAAACAAAUGAUGUUUACCACAGCACUGCUAAUUGUGUUUUUCACAGUCUGGGUGUUUGGUGGGGGCACGACACCAAUGCUCACCUGGCUUCAGAUCAGAGUUGGUGUAGAUCCAGAUGAAGAUCUUAAAGCUGAAGCUGCAAGCCAGAGUGCAUCUACCUUGGAUAAAAAUACAACCAAAGCUGAGAGUGCAUGGCUGUUCAGAAUAUGGUAUGGCUUUGACCAUAAGAAUAGCCUGUGGUUAUGAUAUAUCCUUGGAAAUAUAAGUCAGAAAGAAGAGAAAAAGAGAGAAAUCAGAGAAAGAAAAAAUGUGGAAAGCAGG